GCCUAUAUGUCUACCCAGUUCAACUCGAACCUUCCUCCUCUACCCCUCCCUGAGGGCAUCGAGUCUAAAUAUGUUGCGGUGAACGACCUAGUUGUACACUUCCUCGAUGCACUUCCGAACAAGCCCAGCACUGAUGGCAUCAUGCCGCCGCUCAUUGUCUUGGUGCACGGGUUUCCCGAACUCGCAUACUCCUGGCGUAAACUAAUGCGCCCACUUGCCAGCCUUGGCUUUCGCGUUGUCGCUAUGGACCAACGCGGGUUUGGACGCACCGUACCUAAUCUAUCCGAUAACAUCGAGAAUUCUACUUAUCCUUACGCGUAUGGCGGUCCGCUCGCGCUGUUCAGCUUCGCAAACCUCGCACGCGAUAUGGUUGCGUUCGUGUAUGCGUUAGGUUAUGAGCACGUCGCGUGUAUCAUGGGACACGAUUCUGGAUCCAUCACUGCUAGCUCGUGUGCACUCGUUCGACCCGACCUUUUCCGAAGCCUGGUGAUGAUGAGUGCACCAUUCGUCGGUGCACCAGACACGCCAUUCAACGUGCCAAACCACACGUCUUUCACGGAUGCAUUUGCUACUGGAUUUCAGCCUAAAGCACUUCCCCCAGGCCUUGCCAUGGAUGCGAUGUUCGCAAAACUAGAUCCGCCGCGUAUGUACUACCAGCACUACAAUUCCCUUCCACAAGCAAACAAACAGAUGCACACCGAUCUUUCAACCACGGAUCUCCACAAUUUCUUCCGUGCAUACUUCCACAUCAAGUCUGCAUGCUGGCCAGACUCGUCUUCCUCUCCUUCCGAUGUUGAGAAGUAUAAAGAACCCCGCGUAUUGAAAGGCCUAGUGGACCUCGCUCAACUCCCACCUUACUAUCUUAUGCCACGCGGAAAGAGCAUGCCAGCUAAUGUUGGCGAGUACCAUCCUCGCGGGGAAGCCCUCGAACGAAGCCGUGCAUGGCUGAACGACAGGGACGUUGACGUCUACACCAGCGAAUACGGUCGUACAGGCUUCCAGGGCGGAUUGAAUCGCUACCGUGUUGCUACAAGACUCGGACGCGCAAGUGACACGCUCAACUCCAUCUCCGCCUCGGAUGAAGAUUACAUGUCCGAACUUUCACUCUACGCACGAAGGAAGAUCGAGGUGCCUACAUUCUUCGUUGCUGGAGAGAAAGAUUGGGGCCCAUUCCAGUACCCUGGCUCAUUUGAUAAGAUGAGGAGUGUUUGCCCGUUGAUGAAAGAGGGGAGCGAAGGGAUUGCAUUUAUUAAAGAUGCGGGCCAUUGGGUCCAGCAAGAGAACGUCAAUGAUUUAUUUGUGUUGCUGCAGGGUUUCUUAAAAGGCUUGGAUGUCCAGACGUGAGGACUCCUCAGGCAUAAUAUGAAAUCUGCUGAUUAACGCUGUACGCUCCAGAUUAUCAAGAUAAAAGGUUAUCAGAACUAACAAGG